AUGCCUGGCGUCCAGCGAGGGUCUGGACCACGUGCUCCUUCUCUUCUAGUAGCGCUAAAGAACUGUGGGAAGGCGAAGGAGUGGAGCGCAGCGCUUCACUUGUUCCGCGAAGCGUCUCAGCUGUGCGCGGAAGUCAGCAUCGGUCAAUACACUUCGAUCGUCAGCAUAUGCGGCAAAAGCAGGCAGUGGCAAAGGUCCUUGGCGCUCCUCGGCGAAAUGAUCGAGGCAAAGUUGGAGCCCGAUGCUAUCGUAUACAGCGCAGGAAUCAGCGCAUGCGAGAAAGGCGCACAGUGGAGGAGGGCGCUGUCGCUCCUCAGCGAAAUGAUUGAAACGAAGGUGGAGCCCGACGUCAUCAGCUAUAGCGGUGUGAUCAGCGCGUGCGAGAAGGGCGCGCAGUGGGAGUGGGCUCUGGCGCUGCUCGGCAAGGUGUGGGAGACAGAACUGGAGCCCGAUGGUUCUGUUACAACGCUGGCAUCAGCGCGUGCGAGAAGGGCGAGCAGUGGCAGCGGGCCUUGGCGCUGCUCGGCGAAUUGUGGGAAUCGAAGUUGGAGCCCACUGACAUCCCUCAGUUACAACGCUGGGAUCAGCGCGUGCGAGAGAGUCAGCUACAACGCUGGGAUCAGCGCGUGCGAGAAAGGCAAGCAGUGGCAACGGGCGCUGGCGCUGCUCAGCGAGAUGUCUGGGGCAGGAUUGAAGCCCACUAUCAUCAGCUACACCGCAGGCAUUAGCGCUUGCGAGAAAGGCGAGCAGUGGCAACACACCUUGAGUUUGUUGAGCGAGAUAUGGAGGGCAAAGCUGACGCCCGAUGUCAUCAGCUACAAUUCUGGGAUCAGCGCGUGUGGAAAAUCCGACCAGUGGCAGUGGGCUCUGGCGCUGCUCAGCGAGAUUAGGGGAUCAAAGCUAGAGCCCGAUGUCAUCAGCUAUAACUCCGGGAUCAGCGCGUGCGAGAAGGGCAAGCAGUGGCAGCGAGCUCUGGCGCUGCUCAGCGAAAUGCUGGGUGCGAAGCUGGAGCCCAAUUCAGCUACAGCGCUGGCAUCAGCGCGUGCGAGAAGGGCGAGCAGUGGCAGCGAGCUCUAG